CUACUCUUACCUAUGACACUCUCAGGUUUGAAUAUGAAGACUUCCCUGAGACCAAAGAACCCGUUUGGAUCCUCGGCCGGAAAUACAGUGUUUUUACAGAGAAAGAAGAGAUCCUGUUGGAUGUGACCUCUCGGCUUUGGUUCACCUACAGGCGGAACUUCCCUGCUAUUGGAGGAACCGGUCCCACCUCCGAUACUGGCUGGGGCUGUAUGUUGCGGUGUGGCCAGAUGAUCUUCGCUCAGGCCCUGGUCUGCAGGCAUUUGGGAAGAGACUGGAGGUGGAUAAAAGGGAAGAGGCAGAUGGAUAAUUACUUCAAUGUUCUUAAUGCCUUCGUUGACAAAAAAGACAGCUACUACUCCAUUCACCAAAUAGCCCAGAUGGGAGUUGGAGAGGGAAAAUCCAUAGGUCAGUGGUAUGGACCAAACACAGUUGCACAAGUGCUCAAAAAACUUGCAACUUUUGAUACGUGGAGUUCACUGGCAGUACAUAUAGCCAUGGACAACACAGUAGUGAUGGAAGAAAUCC